UGUUAUUAAGUGAUUGUGUGUUACAGUGUGUUAUUAAGUGAUUGUGUGAUACAGUGUGUUAUUAAGUGAUUGUUUGUUACAGUGUGUGAUACAAUGUGUUAUUAAGUGAGUGUGUGUUACAGUGCGUGGCCCGCGGUAACCACAUCCGGGUAUGUAUCCGUCCCAAACACCGAGUUGCAUUGUGGGAAACGGCGUCCGCUGUGUCCGUAUUCUCUAACGGUGUUUACGCACAAUCCGCGCGAGAGCCGCUUCCUGCCGAGUGUUCGCGCAGCCUUCGGUUUAUUGUCUUCUUUCUGUUUCUGUUCUGAAACUGUCCGCGGAGGAACCUGACAGGCUCCUGAAGUGUUUUUAACAAAGAGAACUAAUCCUCCGCUGAGAGAAGACAGAGAUCUGGGGUUUGUGAAGCUCCGCGAGGCGGCAGGUCUCAGCAUGCCCGGGAAGAGUGAGGAGAAGCCCGCAGAGACAUGAGGACUGACCGCCGCUCAGCGCUCACCCGGAGGACUGGAGCUCCACACCGGAGGGGUUUUACUGGGUGACGGAGGAGCACAGACUUUAUCCCGGAGAGGAGUCGCCUUAUAGACUCAAAUAACCCCAAAUAAAGCACAGGAAGUGUGUAUCGCCUCGUCCCUGUCCCGUCUCUCUCACUCCCGCGGGUCGAUGAUGGAGGCCAUUGUUCUUGGUUCUGAUUGGUCGUGCGUUCGUUGUACCUUCUUAAACACGGCGGGGUCUCCACGCUGCUCCAUCUGUGAGGCACCACGGAACAAACCUGAUCUGAACAGAAUUCUGCGCCUCAGCAGCUGCUGGACCUGUCCGCGCUGCACACUGACCAAUCACAGCGCAUCAGGGGCGUGCUCAGUCUGUGGGGCGCCACCCAAUUCGACAAAUGGCCCUACCCCUUCUUCUUCCUCUCCCUCCAUCUCAGAACCCAUUACUUCCAACUCCGAGCCGAAACGGCAGCAUGUGGAUGAGGACUUGAUAAAGAAGUCUGAGCCUAAUGGGGAAGUAGGAAACACUGAAGUGGGUGUGGUAUCAGGAUGGGCGUGUCCUCGCUGCACCCUUGUGAAUACACCCACAGCGAUGUCCUGCUCAGCCUGCGGUGGCCCAAGGAAACUUUCGCUUCCCAAAAUCCCACCCGAGGCACUGGUAGUUCCGGAAGUCCGGACGCCAGUGUCUGGGUUUCCUGCACAAAAUGCUGGGGCAGUCCUUAUUGAUCUCACUGAAGACUCGCCUCCUAACCCUGCCCCUUCUCAGACACCAUCUCCACCUCCUAACAACACCAACUUCCUUCCUCCUUCCUUGUCCUCUUUGCAAAAUAAUCCUGUUCCUCGCAGCAGACGCGAAGUCCCACCCCCUACUUCCCCCUCAACUGGACCCGCCUCCAAACCUAAGCCUCUCCCUUCCUCAGAACCAAUCAAACGCCUUAGUGUGCUUGAAGAGGAGGAGCCAAGUCCUAACCAUCCAGCCCCACCGUCUUGGAAAUGUCCCGGAUGCUCGGCUCCUUCUGGUCCUUCGGUAUCUUCAGCAGGACGUUGUGAUGCCUGUAGAGGACCACGCCAGGGGACGGGGCCGAGUGCAGAUGUCAUCGAUGUCCUUGGUGAAUCUGUUCGAUUCACUCCAGCCACACCCUCAAGUCCUGACUUUACGUCAUGGGCAUGUUCCAAGUGCACGUUGCGGAAUCCUACAGGGUCGGGGCACUGCAGUGCAUGUGGAACCUCCAAACUUCACGGGUUCUCUGAGCCCUUCACUAAAAAGACCUCACACACACCUCGAGGAACAGGGCAAGGGGAGAAGUGGGCAUGUCCAGCAUGCACACUGCUAAACGAGGUGUGUGUGAAGCACUGUGUGGCAUGUCACACAGCUCAACGCUACUUGAGAACCAGAAAGGUGAAGGCACUACGCCGCAGAGAGAGCGUUCAUGUGGAACAGCGGAGGAAAACAGAUGAGGGGGAGGCUAAAGAACUGUGGGAGAACAUUGUCAGCUUCUGCAGAGAGAACGCAGUGAACUUCGUGGAUGACAGUUUUCCUCCUGGUCCCAGAUCAGUGGGCUUCCCGGAGAGUGACAGCGUCCAGCAGCGAAUCAAAAAGUGGCUCCGCCCACACGAGAUCAACUGCAACAACUUUAAGGAUCGUGGGGUGAAGUGGUCAGUGUUCCGAACGCCCCGCCCAUCUGAUAUCCUACAAGGGCUUCUGGGUAACUGCUGGUUCUUGAGUGCAUUGGCUGUGUUAGCGGAGCGUCCUGAGCUGGUGGAGCGAGUGAUGAUCACUCGCUCAAUCUGUCCUGAGGGAGCGUAUCAGGUUCGACUGUGUAAAGAUGGAACGUGGACAACGGUGCUGGUGGACGACAUGCUGCCGUGUGAUGAGUACGGAUACCUGCUGUUCUCACAGGCCCAGAGGAGACAGUUGUGGGUGGCUCUGAUAGAGAAGGCGUUGGCGAAGCUGCAUGGUUCGUAUUUUGCGCUGCAGGCUGGUCGAGCCAUCGAGGGUUUGGCCACUCUGACUGGAGCUCCAUGUGACAGCCUCAACCUGCAGGUGAACAACACCAACCCGCGGGAGGAACCCAUCGACACCGACCUCAUCUGGGCCAAGAUGAUCAGCUCCAAGGAGGCGGGUUUCCUGAUGGGGGCGUCAUGUGGUGGCGGGAACAUGAAGGUCGACGAUGCCGUAUACGAGUCUCUGGGGCUCCGUCCACGACACGCCUACUCCAUCCUGGAUGUCCGGGACGUUCAAGGCUACAGGCUGCUGCGUCUGAGGAACCCAUGGGGGAGGUUCUCCUGGAACGGCUCAUGGUCAGAUGAGUGGCCUGAUUGGCCACAGCACUUGAGACAUGAGCUGAUGGCUCACGGCAGCAGCGAGGGAGUGUUCUGGAUGGAGUACGGAGACUUCAUCAAGUACUUUGACUCAGUGGAUAUCUGUAAGAUACACUCAGACUGGCAUGAGGUGCGUGUGCAGGGUUCGUUCCCCAGCAGAGCAAGUGGACCAAUCACAGUGAGCGCUCUGACUGUACUGGAGAGAACCGCCCUGGAGUUCGCUCUGUUCCAGGAGGGGAGCAGACGUUCCGACUCCGCAGAUAAUCACCUGUUGGAUCUGUGUAUCAUGGUGUUCCGGGCCUCGUUCUCCAGCGGGAAUAAGCUGACGCUCGGCCGGUUGCUGGCUCACAGUAAGCGUGCGGUGAAGAAGUUCGUAGGCUGUGACGUGAUGCUGGAGCCGGGAGAGUACGCCGUCGUCUGCUGUGCCUUUAACCACUGGAACAGCGGGGGAACACCAGUGUCGAGCCCCACUGCCCCCCCUCGGGCGUGUCCUGAUUCUCCGGGCUUCAUUUUGGCCAUCUACAGCUCCAGACAGGUGAUGGUGGAGCAGGUCGAGGCCACGGCAACCACGCUCGCCGACGCCAUUAUACUGCUGACGGAGAAUAAAGGAGAGAGACACGAGGGCCGUGAGGGUAUGACGUGUUAUUACCUCACUCAUGGGUGGGCGGGGCUUAUCGUCGUCGUGGAGAACCGACACCCAAAGUUCCACUUGCAUGUGUCAUGUGACUGCACAGACAGCUUUAAUGUGGUAUCGACACGCGGCAGCCUGAAGACUAUAGACAGUGUUCCACCACUACACAGGCAGGUUCUGGUGGUUCUCUCUCAGUUGGAGGGGAACGCUGGGUUCUCCAUCACACACCGUCUGGCUCACCGUAAAGCAGCGCAGGCCAAUCUGGGCGACUGGACUCCCACUAAAGCCACACACUCGCCACAGCUCACACCUGAUACAGAGGGACUGCACAAGCCCCGCCCACUCUGACACACGCCCACAUAUGCCCACACACACUCAUGAGGGGCGGAGCAUAGCGGAACUACUGAGCCAAUCCAAUCACACGACUGCUCCUGGAGCCAAACGCAACACACACGUACACACACACAAGGACGGACAUGAGCUCAAGGAUACCGCCAUUACUGAUACACACUGUGUGUGUGUGUGUGUGUGUGUGUGUGUGUGUGUGUGAGCCAAACCUGCAGGAAGUCCAAGCAUCUCCUCCGUUUUUAUAUCUGCGUGUCAGGCUGUCUAAAUACCCAAUUAAAUGUCUUUUAUUUUCUUUUGUGUCAUGUGCUCUCAUUAGCAUAUAUGGGUGGGGCUUAAUUUGCCACAACCAAUCAGGGAGCCUGUGGGAGAAAUACUUGAAGUGAACGUGUCUGUGAUGCUAGCAUGUAGAAACCAUGGCUGUGUUCCAUUCACUAGCCCUUGACGACUUGGUCCCUUGGUCCCCAUCUCUCUAUCCGAUGCUAGUUACCAGCUAGUUAGUUCGCACACUCGCUAGUCCUUGUAAUACAUGACGCAAACUUAGGAGUUUGUUGCAGAUAGUUAGCAUGCUAAUUAGUCAGCAAGAUGGCUAGUUAGAUAAUGCUAGGUAAUUAGCAAUCUAGUAUGGAGUGUGUUCCUGUUUUAAGUUGAGUCAUUAGGGAAAAUGUUGAUACUUUAUAAUCUGCUUGCUGUUAAUUAGCAAGCAGGUUAGCUUUAUUAUGUUUUAACUUUAACAAGUUAGCUUGCCAGCCAGUUUACGUGAUGUAACUCACAUAUGGGUUAGAGUUAUAGGUGAAGCACACUUUAGUCAUUAAGCAGAAGUCAACAAGGCAGUGCUGAAAACAGUAUUGGAACACUGUGUGUGUUUGUGCUAAUUUAUUGGUGAUAAAGCCGAGGUGGUGAGAAAAGCACAAAAUGAUGGUGAGGAAUGGAGUGCUCUGAUUGGUCAGAUGGAUGUUGCCAUGGUUUCUUUUGAUCUGUCCUUUUUUACAUGUUUAAUAUAUUCAGGUCAGUAGUGCCCUCUGCUGGCGCACAGACACACACUCACAUAUUUUUAUAUAUAUAUAUAUAUAUAUAUAUAUAUAUAUAUAUAUAUAUAUAUAAUACCUGCACUCACCCAGGGUCCUCACUAUAUUUACAUGCACACGUUAUUGUUCCUCCUUAUGAACAAACAUAUCAUACUCUCUCUCCAUGGUGUACUCAGUAAUACUGACCAUGUACACUCUCAUCCUACCUCAUAGACACAUACAAGCUAAACAUGCAAGCAUUUUCCUCUGGACACACUCAUUUUCUCCCCUUAAACACACACACACACUCCCUCUCUGUUCUUCAUCUGUGUGUGUGUGUGUGUGUGUGUGUGUGUGUGUGUGUGUGUGUGUGUGUGCGUGCGUGCUGGUAGAUCAGGAUGAACUCUGUACGCUUGGUUCCCUAUCUCAGGUUCCACAGGACCAAAUAAAGAUUUUUAAUCUGACAGAGUGGGCUUACUGCUGUGGGGGUGGCGCUUGUAUGUGUAGGGGUGGGGUUUACAGGUGUAUGGGUGUGGCGCAUUGCUGUGAGGACAGAAUUCAGGAUUUAUAGGCUGGUCUUGCAUACAUGGGGCUGGACAUCACAGUGGUGUGGGCGGGGUUUAUAGCUUUGGCGGUGGGGUUUACACACUAGACUAAAUGCAUACAAAUAUAAAUAAAAUAUGAAAUAUACUGUGUAAAGCUGUAAAUGAUCAUUGUUAAUAAAAAAACCUAUUACUGAA